AGGACGCGCCAAGGAUCCCGGAUUGCACUCACCAUACCGUAAUUGUGUCAAGAACCUGAAAACAAGAUUAAAGGGCGCUGCUGGCGGCGUCUACUUUAAUCAAAUUAGAAAACAAAAUGGUGGAGCACAGAACAGAGCCAAGCCGUGUAAUGUCCCUCCGGGCUGGACCUGGUGAAAUGGACAUCACCAUGUCUAAUCAAAAUCUCAGGAUCCAUGCCAGAGCUGUCCAGACUAUAGGACGCCAGCUAGCAGAGAUAGGGGACAGACUGGACCGUGAGUGGGCAGAGAGACGGGCUAACCAGUGGACUUGGAAUCCUCUGGAAGUGACAUGGCCUGUCUAUACCCUGACUAGAAACAUCUACAGGGGGAUACAAGGACAUCUUUGGGGUCUGAAGAGUUUGUCUGGUGUGGUCAAAGCCUGGUUGGCCUCAACUGUCCACCAUCAGGGUACGCGAAGGGUAGAGGCCUGGGCAGCCUGGGUUUCCAGUAUUCAACCCGCAAUCUGCCCUGUUUGGGCCAAAGCAGUUCUGGCCACUGUGGCACUGGUGGCCACGGCAACCAUUUGCUCAGCAUUGUGGGAAGAGUGGAUUGGCGAGAUGUUGCACUAAAGGGCCCUGAGCUGGACAUCAGGCUACACCGUUGUGUUAUUGAUAACUUCCCAAUGGAGUUUGGUUAAAAAAUAUAUUUUUAAGAUUUUCAUUCAUUAUAUUCUUAUGAAGCGUGCGUGUUCUGAAUUGUAUUUGAUGUGCUGGGUCACAUCAGUUUUUUUUUCUUAAAAAUGAAUAUGUGGUUAGAAGACCGUUGCUGGUCUGCGGUCUUUCCUUUAAAAAUAGCAUCCCUUACUGGUAGACAGAAACAAUAAUUAAAUUGAUUUUUUUUUUAAUCACAAUAAAAUUAAA